GGAUGGGGUGCAGCUUCCGUGAGAAACACAUACAUUAUGUGGCGAUCAUUGUCAAAAAACAGGAGAGGAGCCAUGUUCAACUACAAGAGGGGAGCUGUGUUCAAGUAUAAGAGAGGAGCUGUAGGAGGAUGGGUUGCCACUACCCAGACAAUCACAAUUGCUAGCCAGCCCCCCACGAUCCAGCAGAUGGGAGGAGCUGUAGGAGGAUGGGUUGCCACUACCCAGAGAACCACAAUUGCAAGCCAGCCCCCCAUGAUCCAGCAGAUGGGAGGAGCUGUAGGAGGAUGGGGUGCUGCUUCUGCGAGAAACACAUACAUUAUGCGGCAAUCCUUGUUAAAAAACAAGAGAGGAGCCAUGUUCAAGUACAAGAGAGGAGCUGUAGGAGGAUGGGGUACCAGCACACAGACAAACACAAUCCCUAGCCGGCCACCCAUGAUCCAGCAGGCGGGAGGAGCUGUAGGAGGAUGGGGUACCACUACCCAUACAAACACAAACUCUAGCCAGCCCCCCAUGAUCCAGCAGACAGGAGGAGCUGUAGGAGGAUGCGGAGCCAACGCUCAGACAAAUACAAUCCAUGGCCAUCCACCUGUGCUCCAGCACACGGGAGGAGCUGUAGGAGCAUCAGGAUCCACUAGUCAGACAAAUACAAACCUUAGCCAGCCCCCCAUGAUCCAGCAGACGGGAGGAGCUGUAGGAGGAUGGGGUGCUGCUACCUUCAGAAACACACACAUUAUGCGGCCAGCCCUGUUUAAGUACAAGCGAGGAGACAUAUUCAACUACAAGAGAGGAGCUGUAGGAGGAUGGGGAGCCACUGGUCAGACAAAUACAAAUCUUAGCCAGCCACCUGUGCAUCAGCAGACGGGAGGAGCUGUAGGAGGAUGGGGAGGUACUACUCAGACAAAUGCAAACCAUGGCCUCCCACCUGUGCUCCAGCAGACGGGAGGAGCUGUAGGAGGAUCAGGAUCCACUAGUCAGACAAAUACAAACCUUAGCCAGCCCCCCAUGAUCCAGCAGACGGGAGGAGCUGUAGGAGGAUGGGGUACCAGCACCCAGGCAAACACAAUCCCUAGCCAGUCCCCCAUGAUCCAGCAGACGGGAGGAGCUGUAGGAGGAUGGAGUGCUGCUACCUUCAGAAACACACACAUUAUGCGGCCAGCCCUGUUUAAGUACAAGAGAGGCGACAUGUUCAACUACAAGAGAGGAGCUGUAGGAGGAUCAGGAGGUACUACUCAGACAAAUACAAAUCUUAUUCAUCCACCUGUGCUCCAGCACAGAGGAGGACCUGUAGGAGGAUCAGGAGCCACUAGUCAGAGAAAUACAAACCUUAGCCAGACACCCAUGACCCAGCAGACGGGAGGAGCUGUAGGAGGAUGGGGAGCCACUGGUCAGACAAAUACAAAUCUUAGCCAGCCACCUGUGCUCCCACAUACGGGAGGAGCUGUAGCAGGAUUGGGAGACGGUACUCAAACAAAUACAAACCUUAGCCCGCUACCCGUGAUCCAGGACAAGAGAGGAGCUGUAGCAGCACGGGGUGCUGGUAUCCCAAGGAACAGAAAUCUUAUUCGACCAGCCGUGCUCCAGCACACGGGAGGAGCUGUAGGAGGAUCGAAUGCUUCUACCCAGAUAGACAGAAACCUUAGCCAGACACCCAUGAUCCAGCACAUGGGAGGAGCUGUAGGGAGAUUGGGUGCCAUUA